CAAAUCUAGAUGCAUGCACGGAAGUUAGGUUUCAGAGCUAGAGGACACAGGUGGUUCGAUACUAGGCUGUGCCAGGCUCUUGUUUCUGUCAUGGAGCUGUAACAAUAUGAGGCUCAGUGUGCUCUGAAAGGCUGCCUUGUGGAGUGAAGACUGAAGUGUGAAGGUGCAGAAAAGGUGUGAAAAGUCUGCUAACAAAAGUCUCUGGAGUUGGGCCAGCGAUGGCGACAAUCCCAUAUGACAUUAAGAGGCUUUUGGACGACUGUGAGCUGUUUGUAUCAGAGCUCCUUCAAGACGAGGACCUUAGUGAAAGUGCUCAAGAGACACGGAAGGUCUUACUGAAUAACUUCAGGGUCGUCCACAUAAGAAACCCUCAAGAAUUCCCCUUCCCACAAUCGGACUUUAGGGACGAAGACGGUUCUGACGACAACCGCAGUUCCAGCCUGGGUCGCUCUGCCCCAUCAGACGAUGCCUCCGUAGCCUCUGACUACCAGGAUGAUGGAACCCCUGAGUACUUUGGUGGCAUCCCCUCUGUGGCAGCCCAGGACCUCUACAACAUCUUGAAGCAAGGCUUCUUGGAGAAGAGAAGAAGAGAUCACAGCUUCUUUGGUUCAGAGUGGCAAAAGAGAUGGUGCGUCCUGAACAAUUCAAUAUUCUACUACUUCGGGAGUGAAAAAGAUAAGCAGCAGAAGGGUUCCUUUUAUAUCGGCGACUACAGCGUGCAGCUGGUGACCAACCUUAGAAAAGACUCCAAAAAAAACGCCUGUUUCGAGCUCUUUUGCCCUGGCCGGCGCUCUUUUCAGUUCACUGCCAGUAGUCCUCAAGAGGCCAGAGAAUGGGUGGACCAAAUCAAUUUUGUACUUAGAGAUCUCCACUCCACCUCCAUCCCUUGCGAUGAUGACGAGGAGGAGGAAGAGGAGACCUAUGAUGACAUUGAGGGGUUGACUGGCCCUCCACUGCCUCGGCCCAGUGCUGCCCACGGGGGCACGGGGGAGGUCGACGAGGAGGACGAGGAUAUCUAUGAGGUGCUUCCAGAAGAGGAUCUGACGGAUGAGAGCAGUGAGAAGAACAAACCAGCUUCGUCAUCAGAUUACGCUAACUACUACCAAGGUUUAUGGGAUUGCCAGGCCGACGAGUCGGACGAGCUGACCUUCCAGAGAGGAGAUCUCAUCUACAUCAUUAGCAAGGAGUACAACAUUCACGGCUGGUGGGUCGGCGAGAUGAAAGGCGCUGUGGGUAUCGUCCCCAAGGACUUCCUGCACCCUGCCUACAUCCUCUGAGCUCCAACAGCUGCUGCUGACGUGUCCGGCAAUGAAUUUCACAAACAGCAACGUCAGAUAAUUUGUUGUAAUUUGAAAAUUAUUCUCUCUCAUAAUCAUGUAAACUAUAAACCAUUGGUAAAGGUCUUGCAUGCAUGAUGGACAAACUAGAGCAACAAUUGACAGAAAACUAAGCAACAAACAGUGUUGAUAAUUAAUAACCAACCUUGUUUGUUGCUUUUAAGUAGUUAAGAGAAAAGAGUUGUCUUCUCUGGGAUUUACUGCUGAAUAUAUUUGUGUUUUUGGCUACAGAGUGGACACAAUAAAGUAAUUUGAUGAUGUUAUUUGGCUCUGGUAAAUGUAAUCUUCCAUAUACUAAACAUUUAAUUGAUCAAUCAGAAGAUUAACCAACAAAAUAAAAAUAAUUGUUAGUGACAGCCCAAGCAGUAAUUUAUUAGUAAUUGUGGAAUGAUUCAUUAAAUCACAGGUUGAAAUGAGAAAUAUGUUGAUUGUUAGUCAUUAAUUUUCUGUUUUUUCACUGAAAUACAAUUA